UGCGUAUUUAAAUGGCGUCAUAUACUUGUUUAAUAUUGCCAAACGGCCUUAUUUAUAACACGAUCUUGUUGUAUAUGCAACGAAUUCCUUAGAACUAUCCUGGCAGAAUGUAAGACUAAGAGUACAGUUGUACUAGUAGUGUUUACCUGACGUUGGCUAGCUACAACACAUUUUAUUGCUGUUGCAUAUUUCGGUAGUAUUACGUAAUCUACAUUGAAGCUAUGAUAAAAACAUAUUUUGAUUACCACUGCUGCUGAUUCUAUCUCAGUUAGCAACGAAGUAGCUUGCAGCACACUCCUUUCAAUUGCUUUUCAAGCAUUACACCGUAGUAACUAGAGGAUUGGCUAAGUAUGUCCCAUCACACAUGCCAUACAUGGAUUGUGUUCGUUUUGUAUGUUCCGAGUUAAAACAUUUUUUUCGUUUCUAGGUUUUAUUGCAGAAAUUCAUUACAAGCUUACAAUUCGUGCACAUUUGUCUCAUAUGAAUGUAAUGUGUUCUCAUAUCCUCUUUACACAUAUAACAAUAUUAGUAUUGUUUUAUAUAAAUGUUUGGGCCACAGAGAAUGGCUAUGUUUAUUUUUUUUUAAGGGGGACAUAUAAUACUGAUGGACACGAUGCGUUUCUGUUUUGCAAAAUUUGAAACGUUAACGUUAGCUGACUGGCUAAAUAUCAACCCCGUGGGAAACACGUGUAGUUUUACUACAGAUUUUUUAGCUAGGAGUUUUACGGAAUGGGAGAGCAGCCACUGAGAAUCCUCGUUUGUGGGGAUGCUGAUGGCAGGAUUAACGCUCUAUUCAACCGCGUGAAAACAAUUCAGAAAAAGAGCGGACAAUUUGAUUUGUUGCUCUGUGUUGGAGAUUUCUUUGGUUCUUCGCCCGAAGCGCAAGAAGAGUGGGAGGAGUACAAAUCCGGGUCCAAAAAAGCACCCAUCCAUACCUACAUUCUUGGUGCCGCCUCCCAUGACACGGUCAAGUAUUUCUCCAGUUCAGAUGGAUGUGAGCUCGCUGAAAACAUCACCUAUUUGGGACGCAGGGGCGUCUUCACGGGCGUGUCGGGGCUCCAGAUCGCCUACGUGAGCGGCAGGGAGGCCCAGCAGGAGCCGGCCCCAGCUCACUGCUUCACGCCCAAGGACCUCAACGCCCUGGCAGCGCCCCUGGCAUCCAGCUCCAAGUUCAAGGGAGUGGACAUUCUGCUGACCUCCCAGUGGCCCCGGGGAGUCUGGCAGUACGGCAACAGCCCGGACCUAAACACUAAGUUUUGUGGCACUGGCUCCGUUGCAAGCCUGGCUGAGAAGCUGAAGCCUCGUUAUCACUUCGCUGGUCUGGAAGGGACUCACUAUGAGAGGCUGCCCUACAGGAAUCACAUGGUCUUACAAGAGAACGCACAACACGUCAGUAGAUUCAUAGCCCUGGCCAAUGUGAACAACCCUGCCAAGAAGAAGUACCUGUAUGCAUUCAGUAUAGUCCCAAUGAAAACCAUGGACCCCACUGAGCUUGUGAAACAGCCACAAGAUGUCACUGAAAACCCGUACAGGAAGAGUCUGAAAGAAGGCAAGAAGGAGAAUCCUGCUGCUACAGCUGACUUUGGGGAGGAGGAGCCAGCCUCUCAGUUCUUCUUUGACCUGAAGAAGAAAGAGCAGCACCAGGGUCAGUUCAGGAAGCGGCAGUCGGACGGAGACAGACACACCCAGCCCAAACAGCCCCGCCGACCCCCCCAGCCCACUGGACCGUGCUGGUUCUGCCUGGCCAGCCCAGAGGUGGAGAAGCACUUGGUGAUCAGCAUCGGGACCCACUGCUACAUGGCCCUGGCCAAAGGCUGCCUGACCACAGACCACGUGCUGCUGCUGCCCAUCGGACACUACCAGUCUGUGGUGGACCUGUCGGCCGAGGUGGUGGAGGAGCUGAACCGAUACAAGACCGUCGUCAAGGACUUCUACAAGCGUCGAGGCCGCCGCUGUGUGCUGUUUGAGAGGAACUACCGCAGCCAGCACCUGCAGCUACAGGUGGUCCCAGUGCCUGAAGAUAAAUGCACCACAGAGGACAUCAAGGAGGCGUUUGUGGUCCAGGCCCAGGAACAGCAGAUGGAUCUCAUGGAGAUCCCAGAGCAUUCAGACCUCAAACAGAUCGCUCAGCCUGGGACUCCGUACUUCUACGUGGAGCUGGACUCUGGGGAGAAGCUCUUUCACAGGAUCAAGAAGAACUUCCCCCUGCAGUUUGGCAGGGAGGUGUUGGCCAGCGAGGCGGUUCUGAACGUCCCUACACGCGCAGACUGGCGGGAGUGCAAGUACAGCCGGGAGGAGGAGGAGGCUCUCACCAAGGAGGUCCGUGAGGCCUUCGAGCCCUACGACUUCUCCCUGCAGGACUGACGGGGGAGCGGACUGGUCUGGGGAACGCGGUCCCAUGCGGAGGGUGCUCUGUGCAGACCUUUCACCAGACUCUCAUAACGGUAUAGAACAAGAUUUUUUUUUUUACGGUCCUUUUGAAUUUGGGGAUUUCAUUUUUUAUUUUUUAUUUUUUAUUUUUUAUUUUUUGUUUGAAUGGAGGCCACAGCAUACCACUGGAUGUGUGUCUUCUUGCUGGUUUAGCAAGCUUGACAACUAGUGGAUGAUGGUGCUGUCAGACUUGAAAUUGCAGGUAAUGAUUAUCAGCACCAUGGCAACAAAACCAGUCUGCUCUCUCAGUCUAGGUGAAAUAUUAUGUACAUAAAGAAAUGUUCUCUUUUGUAUUGUCUAUCUUACAAACAGUCCCUGAUUAAAAGCUGAUUUUAUGUUUGGA